GUGAGCUGUGUCCGGUCCCUCCUCGUUAGUUCCCCGUGUGCUGCUGUGACGUUACCUUGCUUGUGUAAUUCUUCUUCACGGCGGAGAAGCAGUUCACCAAGAAGUCUCUCAACGUUACGAGAAAGAGGGUGAAAAUGCUCUCUUCUGUUGUUGCGAAAAGACUGGUGGCAGGUAUGUGCCAGGCAGCAUGGAGACCAGCAGUCACGGGGCUGGUACCAUGUCGUGGUUACCGUGGAGAUUCGCCAGAUGACACCAGGGGAGACCUGAUCGAGAUGCCUCUGCCCCCUUGGGAGGAAAGGCCCGGUGAGCCCGCUGACAUCAAGAAGAAACGCCUGCUGUAUGAGAGUCGCAAGAGGGGAAUGUUGGAGAACUGCAUUUUGCUCAGCCUUUUUGCAAAGCGAUACCUGAACACAAUGAGUGAGAAGCAGCUGCUGCAGUACGACAGACUGAUUAAUGAACCAAGCAAUGACUGGGACAUCUACUACUGGGCAACAGAAGCUCAGCCCACCCCUGACGUUUAUCAAGGAGAGGUCAUGGAUAUGCUGAAGGAGUUCACAAAGAACCGCAACCAUGAACAGAGGUUAGAUGCGCCCAGCUUGGAGUACCUGGAAAAGGAAAGCCAAUGAGGUCCUCUUAUUUCACUUGGUGAAAUAUCAUAACCCACCAGAAAAACCCUUCAGAGGUCAGCUUGGUUUCUCCAGUUAUACACUGUACAUAGAAUGAACAAAAUAUUGUGCAGUGGAAAAUAUUUUGAACACUAUCUAGUACUACACACCUCUUAAUAAAUACUCUUGUCUAUUUCCUCUGCUGACUCCAGUCAUUAUAGGGAGAAGGUAAUUCGUGGAAGCUGAGGGAAGUUUGUGGAUUGAGCAAACAUUGAUGCAACGCAAUAUUAGGAAGGUGUUCUGAAUAUUCUACAUUCACUGUAUUGUAAAUCUCUGAUUCAAGACUGUAAAUUAAAAGUGCUGAAUGUGUGAGAUGCAUACUGAAUAAACCAGCAUGGAUAAAUGUAUACAAGUUGAUCAUCAAUAUCUAUACUAGACAGUUAAACAGACUCACUAAUUAGCAUAGCUUGUUGGAUUGUCAUGGUUUGGUUCCGGUUCUUUUUCAUUCGCAUGCACCAGCGUAGCAGUGCUCUUGAGUGAAAGUACAGGACGCAAACUAUUUAUAUUGCGAAUGUGAAAGAAUGCACAACGGGUAAUUCUAUUAAUGUGAGCUUCAUGGGUUAUGUAAUAAAUGUUGAUGCUGUACAGUCUA